UCCGCUCGGCUCCUGUGCGGCUGCCGCGGCGCCCGCAGCGAUGGUGGCCGGGCCGGGCCCGGGGCUGCUGGCCUUGGCCUUGGCCUUGUGGCCGGCAGGGCUCUGGGCACGGCCGAGGCUGCAGGAGGCCGGCGGAGGGCAGCGAGCGCCCGGGGACUCCGUCACCCUCUCCUGCCGCGGAUCCGGAUUCACCUUCGAAAAUCGUAGCAUUCGCUGGUACCGUCAGUUCUCCGUGGGCACCCUGGAGUGGGUGUCCUAUAUCAGCCGCCCCAGGGGUACUACAAAGGAGUACGGGGUAGCAGUGGUGGGCCGCGCCGAGAUUUCCCGGGACAAUUCCCGGUCCGAGGCUUUUCUUUCUUUACGGCCCCUGCAAGCUCAGGACUCUGCCCGGUAUUUCUGUGCCGUCGCACGGAGACAGGAAAUUGUGUGGAUUAAUAAGCUUGUAUUUGGACCAGGGACGACUCUCACAGUUGAACCAAACAUUUCCAACAUUUCUGACCCUCAAGUCAUUGUGAUGAAAUCAAAGAAACUGGAAGGAGGUGGCAGCUCUGGGAAAGCAGCUUGUUUGGCAAGGAACUCCGCUACAAAGAACAUCAGAUUGGAGAUGCCCUCUCAGGAGGUGGUCUAUGAACAGAGCCCAUCCAUUUUGACAUCACAGGGCUUGUACAAUGCAAUUAAAGUGGUCAGGGUGACAAAAGACACAGAGGUGACCUGCACGGCCAAAUUCCCCAACCGCACGAUAACAGCAGAGCCAGAAGAGGAGGCUGAAGAACCAAUAACAGGAUUUGGGGAAGCAAACAGAACCAGAACAGAGUCAGGGCCCAGUGAGAGGGUUUGCAACAGCACAAACAUCUCAGCACAAGAUGCUGGAGGGCAGAGAGUGAACAUGCUGUCCAUAGCUGUGCUGGGUUUGAGAGUUCUGCUGGCAAAGAGCAUCGCCUUCAAUGCCCUCAUGAGCAUCAAGUUGUUUCUUUUCUGAGACAUGGGGAAUGAACCCAAAGAAGAGCAGGAAAGAACAUGAACCAGCAGCACAAGGGGGCUGAACAUGCAGGGCCAGAGCUGCUGACAGAGACCAGCCAGGACACGAGGCAGCACCUUCCCCUGAAGACACGCAACACUCUGCACUCCUGCUGGCCAGCUGAUUCACACUGAAGAGUUUCAAGUGCUUUUGCUGUUUCCUCUCCUCUGAACACUGAGGAGAGUGGAUUUAUCCUCAUCCUUCUGCUAAGUAGAUGCCUCCACUCUACAGGGAUUUCCACACCAGUGUCCAACCUGCUUCUGUAGCUUUGAAAACUCCAGUGCUCACUGCAGACAGAUGGCCUUUGAAAAGCACCGUUCCCAGGCAUCUUGUGUUACUGCCUGAGGAACUGGAGCAGCACUGCUGGGGGACUUCCAGCACAGGAGCUUAGGGUUUUAGAUAAUUUAAAUAUCCAAAAGUGUGUAUUGCAGAUCAGAAGAGCUGUGUAGAAUCUGGAGUGAUUUAAUUCAGCCAGAUAUUGUUCAUUUCUUGAUUAAGC